GUCAAGCGCGUAUAGGCGAAAAUGUAAACAAAUCACUGUUAGUUGAUUAACAUUUAUCUUUACCGAGUUCAUUAUUAAGUUUUGAAAAUCUCUGUCAUUUAAACCAUUCGACGGUUCUGUUCUGUGUUCAAUAUGGUAACACUUCGACGGAUCGCUAGUACAACCCAACAAACGAAUAAACAUGGUGUAACAUACGACUACCUCAUCAGCUAUCCGCCAAAGACGUGAUAGUCGCUCCCGUGUAAUCAACAACUACGGAUGUUAACUACAUGUUUCCCAAUGUUGCGCAAAACCUACAGGUCAGCUUCGUACUCAAAUUAUUUGCUACAUUUCGCGGCAGCCGAGGGUAAUGCGGAUUUCAUUCGAGAACUGAUUACAAAAGGCGCUAACAUUUACGAACCCGUAAAGGACGGAGAAACUGCACUACAUGUGGCGAUUUUUAAUGACCAGGAAACGGUGUGUGAUAUCCUACUAGGAGAAUAUGAGAAAGAUUUUUUAAGAGUAGAAGAGUAUUUCCGACAUAAUUGGUCUACGACUGGAGAGGAUAAGUUUUGGUUCAAAAAACAAAUUGCAUUGGCGUGUACUGAACAGGAAUGCAAACAAGCAGAAGAGUUUGAAAAUGUUACUAACGGUGAAUAUGACAAGUCUGAUGACGUCGAGGUAAUUUUUCUUAGUACAUCAAGUCAGUCCAAACGCAUUGCUGCUGUUCGUGUUACCGAAAGUAAUCGAAAAAACAUGAACAAUUAUCUUGAAAGAAUAAGACAUAACGGAUACCUUUCUUGGAACUACUGUGGUGCUGAAUUGAAGUGUGACACAUUGUUGCAGUUGGUAGCUUCUAAAGGAAAUGUCGAACUCAUGAGAAGAUUAAUAGUUUACGGAGCGGACCCGGCUUAUCCUGGUAGAAAUCAAAGAACACCCUUGAUGGAGGCUUGCAAGGCAAUGAAAAUAUGCAUUGUUAAAUUGUUGUUAGAAGAAUACUGUGAUAUGUUGGACCCGACUGUAGAAGACCAUUUAGGAUACUCCGCUUUGACUUACACUCUGGAACACGACAACGCUUCUGCGUUUGACUAUGUUCUUAAAAAAAUGAUUUCUUUCCGGAAGGAAAAAUUCCUGGAAACUGAUAGCGUAGCAUUCAACCAGAUUUUUCGCUUCAAACACAAUAGAUGGCCAGAAGUUUCUAUUUGGAGCUUCACAAGUGAAAAAUCUAGAGAUACUUUUUUGGAACAGUAUUUGAAACAGUAUUCAUACGACCUAAGUUUCCAAUCUGGCGAUCGCAUAAUGCUAAUGGAAGUGAUUAUACGCCACACAGCAAAAAGCUAUUAUCAGGAAGAAAUUCGUAAGAACCCAGAAUUGCUUGGGCUAACUGACCCGGAAGGGUGCAACGUGCUGCACUGUUUAUUAUGGUCGGACGAGCUAGACUUUGUCAAAGAAUUUUACCAAUCUCGUUUGGAUCAAUGCCGAACGCUGUUCGAGAACGAAGACGGUGCUGUUAUCUGUUUGGCUAGCGUCAUAUCACAUGAAAAUUGUCAAGUGUUGAUAUUUCUUCUGGAGCAGCAUUUAGAGUUUAUUCGAACAAUUGCCGAUACCAUGAUGGAUAAUUUCUACGAAGAGGAUAUGCUACCUUCAGCUAUGUUCGAGGAACCUAUCAACAUACUGCUAACAUACUUACCAGAAUUAGAAAAACGAGUCGAAGAGUUAAUGUAUAAGGUUAUGGAAGAGGAAAUUGAAGAAGAUAUAUUCUGUGAAGAUUGA